AUGAACACGCGUGAUGAGGCCAGAAGACCCAUUGCUACAACCAUACCCGAGAAUAACAUUCAAUUGUAUACUAUUGUUACGCCGCAGAUGCAUUUCCAUAUACCCUAUCCGCCUUCCCAGGUAGGAUAUUGGUCACCAGUCACAUCAACCCUCAACUGGUGCGAAGAGGACUAUUAUGCGACUCCAUAUGCCGCUGAAAUUGUAAAUGCCUUAACCAACGUCCUCUUUCUCUACCUGGGAAUAAAGGGUAUCCGGAGUUGCCGGAAGAAUGGCCACGACUCUAUCUUUCAAGUUGCAUUCCUCGGAUAUCUCCUGCGUCCAAGCAUGAUUGCUAAUCAGCAGCUGUCCGGUGUAAUAGAUCCGAUGCAGCUCGUUGACGAGCUAUCAAUGAUAUACACGACGUGCCUGAUGUGCUAUGCCACUUUCUCCUUCUCUAGAUCUCGAACCCAGUGUUAUAUCCUCGGGUCUGGUCUCCUGAGCUUGUCUAUCUUUAUCACCCUUUACUACCAUUAUAUUCAAGAUCCCGUUUUCCACCAAGUGGCGUAUGGAGUGCUUACAGCAAUCGUGGUAUUCCGGAGCAUGUGGGUCAUGGAAGUUACCCUACGUCCAUCUCUACGGAGAUUGCGCAAUCAAAACAAACCGAAUUUCUCGGGACAGACAUUAACUAUCAACGGAGAGACAGUAAACGAGAGAGAUAUUCGUAUUCUCAAGAGUAUGUGGGUAAUGGUUGCUUAUGGUCUGUCGACUUUCCUUGGAGGGUUUGCCAUCUGGAACUUGGACAAUGAAUAUUGCUCGAACCUGCGAACUUGGCGCCGUGAGCUUGGACUUCCAUGGGGCAUUCUGCUGGAAGGACACGGCUGGUGGCACCUUCUCACCGGAAUUGGUGCUUAUAUGUAUAUCACCUGGGGGAUAUGGCUGCGCCAUUGCCUCAAUGGCCGCCAAGAUGAUUAUAGGCUACACUGGCCUCGUCUUUAUAAUGCUGCAGACAUUGUUCGUGUCCAGGAUACAUCUAAACCCUCAACACCCGAAGGUUACGCUGAGAAACUCAAUUAA